UUACUCAGAGUCUGUUUGCGUCGAACUGCGCGAUCCGCUCGGUUGUUUUAGUAAAAUUUCGAUCGGUCAGUUGUAAUUUUACAUUAUAAUAAAAUUUACCUUUAGUUUUAUUUUACAACAUUAACAUUUUUACAUCGCUUGCGUUUAAAAUGAAACGUGGCGAGUGAAAGAGACAGAGUGUAAUUGUAAUUGUAAUUACAAAACCAAUACGGGAGUGUCGCGGAACGUUGACACGCUGUGUACACGCUGUGAUAGGAGUCGCUAAACGUGAUAUUAUUGUUGAUAAUUGUUGCUGCCUUUCAAUAGAGCAGAAAAUUCAAGUAGAAACGACACACGAUCCGCAAAUGAGCGCAACGUAGAUCUACCAUAUUGCGACAGAUCUCGGAUUAAGGUAGCCAUGACAUUUUGGAAAAUGAUCAGCCUUCGUGAAAUAUGUCUCGUGAUUCUAUUCAUCACUACGGCGAGCGUUUCCGCUCUUUAUUGUCCAGCAAACAGUGCGUGCAGUUGUCAAUUAACACAGAGCGGCGGUUCUGAAAUAUUUUGUGUAACGCCUAUUUCAAAUGGUUCUUUCAAUAUCCGCAUUGAAGAAAAUCGAUACAUAAAAGUCAGCUGUAUCAAUUCACCGAAGUGGUCAGAUUUCCAUUCGGGUAUAUCACCUCCGAUAGAAUGCGAAAAGGUGGAAUUCAUAAAUUGCGACUUACCCGACGGCAACAACAGUUUGGGUGACAUUGUGCAUAAAGUAGGCGCAAUAAACGUGGCGCAAUUAAACUUUGAAUCGGGCAAGAAGUUGAACUUGGAAAAGCGUCAUCUGAAUGACUUUGAGAAUUUGAAAGGUCUUGUUCUAUCGAACAACAAUAUAUCCGACGUGAAACCAAAUCUGUUAGCUAAUUUAAGGAAUUUGACGUACCUCAACCUGCUCAGUAACAACUUACAUCUUAGAACCGCCGGAUUUUUCGACUACACCCCCGAAUUACAGACCAUUGAAUUAGGCGACAACAAUUUGAAAUUGAUACCACCAGGCACAUUUGAUAAGCUGAAGAAUCUAACAUUCCUUAAUUUAUGGAAAGCUCGUUUAACUGAGCUUCAACGGGGGGUUUUCGAUGGGCUUGUUGCUCUCAAGAGUCUCGAUCUUCACUGGAAUUAUUUAACCACCUUACCGAAAGACGUAUUUGCAAAGCUGGAAAACCUGGAGGUUCUUAAUUUAUUUGGGAACAAUUUUACAGAUUUGCCAAAACAUCUACUACAAAAUAAUAUGAGACUACACACUAUCAAAUUAUUUGACAAUAAAAGAAAUAUGACCUUUCCCGAUGGGCUUUUUAGCAAUUUAACGAAUCUGCAAGUAUUGAGAUUGGAUCGGAAUGGAUUAAUCACACUGCCGGAAGAUCUUUUUUGGGGAUCAUCUUCGCUGACUAAUAUCACUCUAAAUCGGAACUAUCUUAAAUCUUUACCUUUUCAUAUAUUUCGGGAUUUGAAAAAUUUAAAAGCGUUAGAAUUGAGUUUUAAUGAUAUUGAAAACUUGCCUGAUCGUAUUUUCUCAAAUACCAUUGAUUUAGUCAAAUUGGAUUUAUCAAAGAAUCGCAUUGCUUCUAUUUCCGGGGAACUAUUUUAUGGAUUAUACAAGUUGCAAGAAUUAAAUAUGGAACAAAAUCAUUUAAGGCAUAUUUCCGAUCGCAGUUUCAAUUUUUUAACAAAGUUAAAGAUUAUCAAAUUGUCUAAUAACUAUCUUACACUACAAUCUACGUUUUUUGACUAUAUUGAUCCGUUGAUCGGAACAAUAUCGCCUUUUCACGAUUGUAUUGACUUAGAAGAAUUACAUCUAGCUAACAAUAAUAUCUCAAAAAUAUUUGGCGAUUGGAUUACUACUCAUGUACAACUUCACAAAUUGGAUCUCAGAUAUAACAACAUAUCUUCUAUAAAAGCAGGAGAUUUGCAGUUUGUAUCGGACAACAUCAGAGUGGAUUUGACUCAUAAUAAAAUACAACAUAUACUCCUACACGACGCUGAAAGUAUCGCGAUGGCCCAGAAAUCUAAACAUCGUAACGUAAUAAUAUCGGUGGAAAAUAAUCCGUUAAGUUGCGAUUGCGACAUGUAUGACUUUCUGCGUUACAUGGAAGGCGAAAUACACCCUCACGUCCAUGACUAUUUCCAUAUAGAACCAGGCAAUUUAAAUUGUCAUAGUCCAGAAGAGUUGAAGAAUCUACGCAUCGAUGUCUUAUCAUCGCAGCAAUAUUCCAAAAAUUUAACCUGUAGACUAAAAAACACAGAUUCUAUUACUGUGUGCUCUGAAAAAUGCGAUUGCUUCGUGAGACCAAUGGACAAAGCAUUCUUAUUCGACUGCACUCAUAAAAACUUAACAAGUGUGCCAAAAGAUAUAAAGGAGCCUGAUAUUUCUUCGAUUCGAGCCUUUACACAAUCGAUUGAUUCGAUUUCGUAUCUUGCAUUGAAUUUCUCUCACAAUUGGUUAAUGCAUAUGCCAAAUUUGAAAACAAUGAAACUCGAGUCAGUAGAGAAACUUGUUGUAUCUCACAACAACAUAUCUGAAAUUUCCUUAGAUGGAUUGAACACAACAAUAAAGGUCUUGGAACUACACAAUAACAACAUAUUAAGAAUACCUCCUAAAGUGUUGGACUUUCUGAAAAACUCUACCCACUUAAAUACCUUGACAUUACACGAAAAUCCGUGGAUAUGCGAUUGCGAUGCUAAGGAUUUCUUAAACUUCAUUCAAACAAAAUUCCAGAUGAUAUCCGAAGUUGAUAAAGUGAUGUGUGACGGAAACAAUAUGAUUAUAUCGGAAAUGACCGUAACCGAUUUUUGCCCGUUUGAUACGGCAGCAAUUAUCAGUAUUAGCGUAGCGAUCGCUCUAUUGGGAUUAAUUAUCGGCACUUUCGGAUUAUUGUAUUACAAAUAUCAGGAACAAAUUAAAAUAUGGCUGUUCGCGCAUCAGUGGUGUUUAUGGUUCGUAACGGAAGAGGAACUGGAUAAGGACAAACAGUACGACGCGUUCGUGAGCUUCUCGCAUAAGGACGACGAUUUUAUAAUGGACGAACUGGUGCCGAAGCUGGAGAGCGGCCCGACGCCGUUCAAAUUGUGCCUUCAUUAUCGUGAUUGGUUAGCGGGCGAAUGGAUACCAGACAACAUCGCCAGAUCCGUGGAGAAUUCCAGACGAACGAUAGUGGUGCUGUCGCCAAAUUUCUUGGACAGCGUCUGGGGAAGAAUGGAGUUUCGGGCCGCGCAUUGUCAAGCGUUGAGCGACGGUCGGGCGAGAGUCAUAUUGAUCCUGUACGGCGAUAUCGGACCCACCAACGACUUGGAUCCAGAAUUGAAAGCAUACUUAUCCAUGAAUACUUAUGUUGAAUGGGGAGAUCCCUGGUUUUGGGAUAAAUUGAGAUACGCGUUGCCACAUCAACGCAAACUAUCAACGAAAAGCACCACUGUCGGGAAGAAGAUUUUCGAGAAUCAUCAACUGUACAUUCAGGCUAACGGAGAUAAGAAAGAACUGUAUCCUGUCGCGCUUCCUGAGACUCCUGCGACUUCUACACCACCAGCCGAUUCACUUAAAAUGUUUAUAUGUGACGACAAGAAGUCGGAAGAAGAAUCAUCAUUAAACGACUUCGCGCAGGAAUCGUGUAAGUUAAACGGUGACAUUAGAAUAAUCCUUGCACCCGAUCAAAUAACUAAACAUAGUUCUGCAAUCGAUAACAAGGAGUUUACUGUUUGAUAGCAUAAAAUAAAAAAUAUUUCUGAAAAAUUGUGACUAGCAGCUGUUUACAGAUUUAUCUUUGAUAAAUACAAUGCUAUAGUCGAGAUUGUUUUUUUUUUAAGAAGAUUUGAUCUUAUUCUAGAAUCUGCGCACAAAAUGAUUAAUGAUGCAAAUUCGAUAUAAAAAAUAAAA